AAUAAAAUGGUUUUUCACAGCUCCUCACGGAUGGCAGGUUAGGAUACUGAAAUCUUUGUUCCCUCCGCUCAUAACUGUUCUUUUCAAAAUGCUUAUUGCACCUAUAGGCGGGGGGCAGUUGGGUUCAAUGAUGGUUGCAAGGGUAACUGCAUUGUUUUGUCAAUGGCUAAUGGGUGCCUGUUCAGUCAACACUAUUGAGCUUCCAGAUGGAUCCUCUUGCUCUAGUGGGGUAUUUGUAGAGAAAUGCAAAUAUCUGGAAGAAAGUAGUUGUGUGGGGAUUUGCAUCAACACAUGCAAGCUGCCAACUCAA